UCCACCACGAAUUAACCAAAAUUAAACAUUAAAUAACCACACAUUGUAAAUUGAACAAAAAACCCCAGUGCGUUAAUGCCUCCGACGCAAAUCUUCGCUUAAUGCGCCGUAAUCCGUGCACUGUUUCGGUCGAUCGCGUCCAAUCGGAAAAUCGCCUUCUUCCGAAUCCGUUUUCUUCGAUUUUCCUUGGGCCGCGCGCUGUGGCGGCGGACUCGCGCGCCAAACAUCAAUACGCCGAUCGUCGUGUGCGUUCGCCGUGGCGUCGGCGGUGUUGGCGGCGGCGGCGGCGCGCUCACUCUGUGGGUGUUACAAUCAAUAGGGGCAGCCCGUCGGCGGCGCGCGUGUCGGUGUCGGGCAGUCGCGCGGUGGCAAACGGUGCGCGAGUGUGCGGCCCUCAAAAGCCAGAGUGUGAAUGAGAGCGCUCGCGUUGUGAUAUUUAACGCAAGAGCGAUAUAUCAUCAUGCAGCCGCCGCCGAGAAAGGGCAACUACGCGAAGUUCCUCAAGAACCUGCACUCCGAGCAGGUGAACAAACUGCUGGCGAAGAAUCAGCACGAGUGUGAUCUACUCGAGGAUAUUCGCACGUUUAUUAUCAAAAGAUGCGCCAUCGAACGAUCCUAUUCAGAUGCGCUGCUUAAAAUAUCGUCAGCUUAUCUCAAUAAGAAAAUACCCAAUAUACCCGACAUCAAGCUGGAUGGCGGUGAUGAAAAAUGGAAUAUGUGGAAUGUUUGGCGCACAGUACUCGAAGAAAACGAAAAAUUAGCAAGGGCACGUCUUGCAGCUGUCGAAGUCUUUCAGCAGCAGAUCGCAGAAGAAGCGAAAGUUCUGCGAUCACAUAAAGUAGCUGCAUCGAAAAAAUGUGUGGAUCAAUUGGCGCUCGUUCAAAAGGAACUACAGACCUGUGUGCAGGACGUGGACAAAACGAAAAAGCUCUACUUCGAUGAAGAACACUGCGCACAUGAUGUCAGAGAUAAAGCACGCGAUAUUGAAGAAAAGUUAAAAAAGAAAAAAGGUUCCUUCUUUCAGUCCAUCACAUCGCUACAAAAGAACAGCGCUAAGUUUUCAUCGAAACGUGAACAACUCGAAGAAAAGUCCGCAGGCGCACGAAAUGACUACUUAUUGUGCUUAGCAGCUGCGAACGCGCAUCAAAAUCGCUACUUCCUGGUGGAUUUGCAGCUGUGUAUGUCCACAAUGGAGAGUAAUGUCUUUGACAAAGUAGCCGAAUUUCUAAUGCUUAUGGGUCGCACCGAGCUGCUCACUUGUUCGGCAAUGCAAAACUCUUUCUCGACGAUUCGUGACCAGGCCAAGCAGUUAACCCGCGAGUAUAAUCUGCAAUGCGUUUACCUGUACUACCCCGUGCUCAAACAGCACAUUCAGUAUGAGUACGAGCCAUGCGACAACGACCCCAUAGAGGUGAUCAGCGCAGAUCAUGAAAACGCCGCUGCUACGCUCAGCAAGGAGGCACGCAGAUGGGCGACAAAGAUCGCGCGAGAAAACGCCAAUAUUCGUGACGGCGUUAGAAAACUGCAGAUUUAUCAUGCGUUGAGGGAAUCCGGGCAGAGGGUGGAUCCGAACGAUCAAAACGGGCCAGAUUUAGAUACAAAGAUGGAGGAUCUCAAGCAGUCCAUACGUCGCUCGGAAACGUCCAAAAUGAAAGCGGAAGCGCGAUUGGAAUACCUGCGAGCUGGCGGGGUGAAUGUUGACGAAUGGCUUCAAGAGGCAGAAACACUAAAUGUACAGGAUAUACAAAGAUCAGCUAGUUCUCUAUCAGAUCAUCCAAGUUCAGACUCAUAUUACGAUAGUGAUUUUGCUGAUGGAGAACCUAGCGCAACGCCACAACCGCCUGUGGACGUUAAAAUUGAAACAGAUUACGAUGAACGGCCUGUUGUUGACAGCGACGAAGAAGACUCCCAACAGGAGGUCGACGGUGAGUGGGCAAUGCUCGAGCAAGAACGACAGAGGAUAGAACAAAUGACAGCCGGUUGGGAUGAUCCCACCCAAGUUGAUUGGGGUGCGGUGGCUGGUGAAGAAACCGAAGCAGUUGCGGAUGCCGCUCCAGCUGAAGAACCCGCCCCGCCAACUGCAGUGUUAAAAUGUACCGCUAUAUAUUCCUAUACGGCACAAAAUCCAGAUGAAUUAACAAUUGUGGAAAAUGAACAACUUGAGGUAGUUGGUGAAGGCGACGGUGACGGAUGGUUACGCGCAAGAAAUUAUCGCGGAGAAGAAGGAUACGUCCCACAUAACUACCUCGAUGUGGAACGAGAGCAAUCAGCGACAACGCCUGGCCUUCAAAACCAAAUCUCCUUCUCUUCUGUAGACUACACUAUUGACCAGGAGGAUGAUGUGACGGCAAACACAGACACCGCCAAUCAAUCGCCCGAUCAAGUUUCGGUUAUUGCCGCCCCCACAGCCGCCAUUCAACCGGACGCAUUCGAACCAAAAACUGAAUAUUGCGUCGCACUUUAUGACUACGACGGUGAUCCACCUGAAGAGUUAACCUUCGAUGAAGGCAAUGUUAUUAGGUUGAUCAGUAGAUGCGCGCACAGUAUCGAUGACGGGUGGUGGAAAGGUGAAUUGGAGGGGCGUAUUGGUAACUUCCCUUCACUGGUGGUUGAGCUAUGUGACGAAUAUGGUGAACCAUUAUCGAAUCCAGAGGAUCAAAGCCCACCACCAUCGGCACCACCGGUGUUUACUCCACCGGACGUACCGGAGGAUUUUAUUAAUGACAUGGACAUUACGCCAACUGAGGAUGACAUGCCGCUGCCGGGGUUUGAGCCGCCUAGCAUAGCUCCACCUCCGGCACCACCUGGCGCGGAAGCGGAAUCUGACCCGGAACCGCCCACACCUCCAGCUAAUUCCGCCAGGUUCAAAAUGGAGAUGACCAGAGGGCAGAAAGAGCAAUACGGCACGCAAUUUGAAGGCAGUGACAUUCCAACAAUUGAUAUCACAACAGUAGCGACAGUAGAUUCCGACGGUAAUGAAAAAGAAGACGAAGAAGACGAUGAUGGAUUGGGCGUGGUGCAGAUAGAAAUAACAGCUGCCACGCCCAUGAUGGAAGAACCGGAGCAACCAUUCCCCCCACCAGAGGAGUCCAGCAAUCAUGAACAGGAUGAUCACGAACCAGAAGAAUUACCACCAGUCCCCGAAGAAGAAGAGGAAGAAACACCUCGUAUGUGCCGCAAACCACCUCAGGCACCAGUUGCUUCAGACGAUGGUGACCUACCCCAUGUGGCCGAUACUCCACCCUGCCCGAUUAGUAGCAGUUCCGAGGGCGAUACCACGGGCCCAUCAACAGCGGAAAAUUCAGUCAGCCACGCUCCACCUCAGCAAGGGUCAGAGGAUGCACCCAAACAAGUGGUCGGCGGCAGGGCAAGCAUUCCCGACGAACUGGAGCCGCACCAAUUGGCGCGGCUGCAAGAACUCAAGGAGUCCAACGCAUAGUACGCCUAGUGCAAGUAAGAUUAUUUAAAAUUUAAUAAGCGAGCGCGGACGCCGGAAUAAUGAAGAAAUAAAUAAACAUGAUAUACAUGAAGGUAAGGCUCCUAUAGGUUUAAUUGUGCGUACGCUUUAUAUAACAAUUUAAGCUGCUUUUGAUCAUUUGAGCAUCUCUUCGACGACAAACUCAAUAACAAACAGGCGCAAACAAUGAAUAAAUGACGGGUCAAUUAUAGUUUCCAUUACAGACGUCAUGCAUCCCUUAUAUUACGAAAAUAGAAAGUAUGUUAUUACAAAUUAAUUGAAUAAUCUAUGUUUCUCCUAUGGCGUCAAGGAGAUGUUCGGCAAAAGCAUCAAUUUGUAAAUUAUGAACAGAGUGUUAAAUUCGCGUUUGAAGAAAAAUGAAAAAAAAGUAAGAAAAAUGAAAUUCGACGACAUAGCGGAUAGAUUAAUUAUAAACACAAUAAAAAUAUUAGCGGGUAUUCAAUUGAAAUUAACUACAAAUUACAUCCGAGAAGGUUUACACUAAAAGUAUUGCGUUACAAUCGUUUAAAACAAUAGGAAACGUUAAACUUGUGUAUUUGUAUGCAACGAGAACUUUUUUAUUUGACAGCUAUGUUGAUGUCAAUGACGAAUAUUUUUCAUAACCUAGUAAAUCUGCUAGACAUUUGCAAAUGCAAUGAAAAACUGCAAUCUUAUGACUUGUGACAUAAUUUACGCUUGUGUACAGUUCAAGCAGCGCGAUAGUAGAAACGUUCGAUGGAUUUCGUUUGUAAACUAAGAGAAAAUGGCGGCCGCGGUACUCAAACAAGCAUUAGAAACUAACAAUAGCAAUAAUUUCAUUUCGUUUGAAUGUUAACCAAGCGAAAAUUGCGGAAAAAGUGCGCAAAAUGUCAAAAAAAUCGUCAUGCGAAUGUCAAACAAAAACAAAUAUCAUUUAUCAUCAUGUAGAUUGUGUACAUACUUAACGUUAAACACUAAAGAAGUGAACAAACAAAGCAAAACACUCACAAACACUCACUUACACAGGCGUCAUUUUUUGAGAAGAAAAAAAAAACGUUUUAAAUGAUAAAUUGAAAUAUUGAUUGUGUAAUUAUCAUUAUUGUUAAGUAUUAUUACUAUUACAAAUUGUAACAUUAAGUAGGCGAAUGUGGUGUAGCGACUGUUUUGUUUUAAGUUUGUAAACCAGUAGAGGCUGAUCACAGUGUGUGAAAAUGCGUCGACGUCGAUUUGUUUUAUACGUUGCAUCGACGGACGCAGGCGCAGAAGAAACUCGUUGUCUGUAAUUAUUUAUUACCAUUAAUUAGUUGUUAAGAGAAGGUAAAAGUAAACAAAUUAAAUAAUUAAGUACGAACCUGGGCGCCUAUUAUAAAUGAGAAUAACGUAUAGAUAACACUCAUUCGUAUGUACUUACUUACUUACGUUAUAAACUUAUGACAAGGACGAAGAGGAAAUUGAGGAAGAAUAUUAUUGUUAAUCGUCACAUCUAUACUUGACUACAUCUUGAUAUUUUCUCAUUAUCUUCUUCGUUGUCCGACUCGUUUGCUGAAAAGCCAAACAAAACAAUUAAUUAAUUACAAUUUUGAGACACUCUGCAAUAUUUGCAGGUUGAAAAAAAAAACAAAUAAAAUUGCAAGCUCGAAUCGAUGAUAUGAACAACACAAAACUAAAAAAAAACUAAAACAAAUGAAGAACGGUAAAUAAAUGUUACUUGAGUGUAGACAAAGUGUUGACGAAUGAUUUGUUUUUUGAAUGGUAGUGUUUAACAAAGCGAACGAAAGAUUAAUUACGUUUAUUUUGCUUUACGAAUCUCCUAACCUCUAAAGAAAUGUCGAAGGUGUGGAAAUCAAUCACUUCACAAGUGCUUUUUAUCGUAGAUUAACGUUUAAAUGUGUUUACUUACUGCUUUCCAACGUUGAUUAAACUUUGGUUCGAUUUUUAGUGUAUAGCCUAUAGCGGUAACUGUGGAACCCGACGUGACAUAAAACUAACCUCAACUCCGUGCUAUGCGCGCGCUAAUCCUGCUGGCUUAAAUCGCGAUCAUAACCUCUCACUCAGCACACGACCCAAAACAAUAUUCGAUGGAUACACGUGACGUAUGUGAUUAGAUGCCGUUUGUGAGCGCGAUAGAAAAGUAUAUAACACACGUUUGAAUGUAAUAUUUAAAUUCCCCGUCUUCUUUCAGCGGUGCCUUCUUAUAUUGUAAAGAAACAAAUCAUUUAACAAAAACGAAACGACUACUCUCAGAAAACACGAGAUCAUCAAACUAACACAAUUUAAAUGAAGCAAAACAAAAAAAAAAUAAGGUCGCAGUCACACAAAUGAAAAAACAUAGUAUAAUGCUCUUGUUCAAGUGAAUUUUUCCUUCUUACCUAAGCGUAAUGUAAACCUAAACGUACCUAUACGAUUCGUAUUCGACACAAUUUGAUUUUUGUCUGAUAUUAUUGAAGAAAAACCAAAGAAAAACAUGAAAAACAAAUCUAACAAAAAUGUACUUAUUACCCAAGCGAAUAACUAUAAAUAAAAUUAUGUAGAACAGUGAAAAAUAA